AUGAAAAUAGACGAGGUGCCUCAAGAGAUUCGUGCACGAGGACGUUUGGCUUUAAGGGCAUACAAAAAGGCCUUAUCAGAGGGGAGGACAUGUAUCAAACGCGUGCCAAUCAUGUUAAUUGGACAGGACCGCUCCGGAAAAACCAGCUUGGCGAAAUCUCUCAAAGGAGAGCGAUUCAACCCAGAGGAGGAUAGCACCGUAGGCAUAGACGUUGAUCCUUCUCAUUUCAAAGUGUCAACUGAGAUUUGGAAACCAGGAGAGAAAGACGAACAACGAAAUGUUAAGAGGGCAUGUUCUUAUGAGCAUCAUGCAGCGCGGUUGAUCGUCCAAAACUUGAGUGAGGAAAAAAGUACUCCCAAAGAAGAGAGUCUAGAAUCUGAUCAGAUUGAACACCUUGUGCCGGUGGAAUCAGUUGAGAUAAGCGUGAGCGAGGAUAUCGUUUCAGCAUCAUGUGCACGAGAUGAGAGUAUGGUAGAUAGCUGUUUACAAUCUGAAGAGGACUUAUAUCCCAUACCCGCAGCUUCAGUAGCACCUAAUACAUUCAGCCAUGACUCUGUUUCCAACUCUGAGUCUGGGGAUUUACUUGUGGGUUCGGAUUUCAUCUCUAUGUCACAAGAUCAAACAAUCAGCGAUCAAAGCCCUGCUGACGAUAUCCAAACUGUGCCAGAUGAUGUUGCAAGUUUAGUUGAGGUUUUCUUGCGCGAAGAUAAGGACUUAGAACGCGAAGAGGAUAUAUACUCCGUUUUGUGGGAUUUUGGCGGACAGUCAGUUUACUAUACCACCCACCCACUCUUCCUUACGCCGAAAGCAAUAUACCUUUUGGUGAAUGAUCUCAGCCGGCACCUGCACGAUAAAGCCAAAUCAGUUAUGAAACAAGGAAUGUUCACGAAAUUACAGGACAGCUUUCGUUUGAAAACGAAUGCCGAUUAUCUUGAUUUUUGGAUGUCAUCUGUUGCAUCUCUCGCCAUUCAGGACGAAAGUCAUUCUAAAAAGACGAAAUCUGACUUGUUGCCUGAACUUCCACCGGUGUUUUUAGUGUGCACUCACGCUGACAAACCUUGUGAUGAAGGAGAUCCUCGUGAGCUGGACAGGAUGGUAUUUGGCCACCUGCAGACCAAACCCUACAAGACGCACCUACAUGAUGUCUUUAUUGUGGAUAAUACCAAGUCUGGCCAUGAACUGGAAUGUCCAGAAGUCUUGCGCUUGCGCCAGGAAAUACGUACCGUCGCCAAGGAGCUACCCCACAUGAAAGAAGCAGUGCCAAUCAAGUGGCUCAAGUUUGAAAAAGAAAUGCAAGCCAAGAAAGAUGAGGGUAACAAGUGGAUUUCCCUUGAAGAGACAAAAGAAGUUGCUUGGGAGGUGUGUAACGUUUCUGACGAAGAAGAAUUUAGAACUUUACUAAAUUUUUUGCAUGAUCAAAGAGUUUUAAUACACUUUGAUGACACUCCAGAGCUGAGUAAAAUGGUGGUCUUGGACACUCAGUGGUUGAUCAAUGUUUUCAAGGAGGUUAUUACCAUUCGGCCAUUUGACAGCAAGGAGAAAAAAUUUGAAGAGCUCUGGUUUAGGCUUGAAAAAGAAGGAGUCUUGGAGGAACCUCUUUUAGAACAUGUUUGGGGUCCUUUAUAUCGCAAAGAGGAUACUUGCCAAAGUCUCAUUGCUAUCAUGGAGAAGUUCAGCUUACUUUGCUCUUGGCCUUCUUCGUGUGGCUCAUGUGAUAAGCAGUACCUAGUGCCUUCCAUGUUAAUGUCACACCCACCAGAGGAAAUAAUGGAGCUGAUUGCAUCUGCAGAAAUUCCUUCUCUUUUUCUUAAAUUUGAUACUGGACAAGUUCCACCUGGCUUGUUUCCCCGAUUAGUGCUGCAGUUUUUACAGUGGUGCAAACAAGAAUGUGCCAGCCCAGAGCACCCUCAGCUAUACCACAAUUUUGUCAGAAUUUACCGCUCUGAAGAAGUAAAUUGCUCCGUAAUCCUUCUGUGCCAUAUGUCAUCAAUUGAAAUCGUUGUCCAUAAAGGCAAUGACGGUCACGAAGUGGCACAAUGUUCUAAGUCUGCGAUUAGUUCGCCUGUAAAUAGUAACCACGACCCCUUUGCUUGUGCAGUACUGAGGCAACUUGAAUUGAUGCUUGAGUCCAUGCGAAGGGAAUUCUGUUGGCUACAGAAUAUGAAAUACGAAGUGAGUUUUUUGUGCCCUGUUUGUUGUCACGGAGGUGCCGUCAGCUACUGCCGCACACAUCUUACAAAAGGCUGCAAGCAAGAAGAAUGCUUGCACUUCUGGCUCGAGUCAGAGUUGUGCAGCGAAAAGAAGAUCAUAGCUUGCACCAGAUCUGCAGUUGCUAAGAUGAACAGAGUGUUGGUGAAAGACUUCGAGCCUUGGUUUUCUCCUAUGAGAAAUCAGGUAAAUAAUUGUAGAUAACAUGUGACCGUUUUCGGAGGUGACUUCCUCUUUGUAAAGAUUAACAGAAAACUUUGAAACGUAUUUGGCAUCAAAAGAUGAGAUGAGACCACGAACGCUUAACUGAAAGGGGCAGAAGUCGGGUCCAUAGAGGUGAUAAAAUAAAAAUAAAUAUUCAUUGUUUCCUUAAAAUAAGCCAAGUAAUCAUCCUAUCGCACUUGCCUUAGGUAACUCUUGAAUAUCAAGCAAAAUGUUCCUCAUUAAACGUACAACAGUUCAGAAAUGUUGCAUUUACAUGAUGAUGUUUAAUUCUCCUUCUUUCUUUAUAACAGCUGACUGUUGAUAAUUGUGAUGGCGGAAACUUAGCGUCAGCUGAAGGUAACAUUACUGUAUAAGUUUUUUGAUGGUUCUCUAUAGAUAACGGAAAGGGAAAAAAAUUCAUUUCGUUUGAAAAAUACAUUUCAUUUGACAGACCUGAAGAAGCAAAUAGUGCAUGGCUGAUAAAUUGUCACCUUUUAUUUGUGUUAAGACGAUGAGGAAACCUUUUCUGCUGACGAGGUUCUGCGAAUCCGUUUAACACAGCAGCGAGACGACCAAACUAUUUCGCCGCAACUAAAGGGGAGUCUGCUGCUGGAGGGAGCCUGUUCUGAUACGCCAGACUUUGAUUCCAAAAGUGGUAAAAUAUUGCCUAAUCUGGGGAAAACUACUGGUGAGUGCAUCUCAUACUUCCCCCUUUAGGAUUUUUUUUAUAUUAAUAUAACAGCUAAAAAUAUUCGCUAUUUUUAUCCAAAAAUAAUAAGAAUAAAUGAUAUGGAAAGGUUCCAGGUUAUAUUCGUGUAACUUUGUUGGUAUCGUGUUGGGAUAUUGUGUAAUUACUAAUGUGCUGAAAAUCUCCGCAGCAGUCGUCAAUAAUUUCCGAAGAACUUAUGCUGUGAAAACAUUUGUUUGAAAUAUCAUUGAUUUAUGACUGGUCUUUUCCUUUUGUUUUUUCUAAGCAACCACCGAAAUUUGCCUACCUGAUGAUGUUGAACAAUCCCUCCUGUCAACGUCGUGCGACGCCAAAGAGAUUGUUCAUCAACUGAAGGAGAACCUGCCACUAAACAAAGACGUUCUUGAGAGGCCAGACAAUGACACCAAGAAAAUAAUCCGUGGUCUGGCUCAGAAAGCAAAAGAUUUAAAGAGGCUUGAUGUCUUCGAACAUUUAAGAGAGAUUACACCGGCUGGAACUACUGGUUAGUUACCUAUAUUGCGGGACCUAUCUUGCCCUGAAGCUACGGGAUACGUGAGAGUACUGCAGAAAUCAAAUCAAAAUCACGAAGAAAACAUAAACUCCUAGAAGUUUUUGAUUUGACAACCACCUACGAAGCAGAUAUUUGACCCAACGAACUACAUUUUCUAACUCUCUUCAUUAAGCAUCAGCAGACUUACUAGCCGUGCCCCGAAGAAAGACUGACCAGUAGUGGGUUCAACGUGUUUGUUUACACUGAAAACAAUUUUUCAUGUGUGUUUCUGAUGAUUUUUUAGCUAUUCAUCUUCAUAAAUUAACUAAAGGUUUCUUUUUCCAUUAUUAGGUCCUUUAUUGCCAGAAAACCUUCCUGUUCAACACAUGCCAAUCACUAAAGCAAGGGAUCUUUCAAUCCGCUUAGCUGGUAAGCUUUGCUAUUUAUCUCACAAAUAGUUUUGGAUGAAAAUUUCCUGCAAGUACAACUAUAUUUUAAUUCAUGUCUAUUCAUAGUUUGGAACGUCAGUUCUAAAAUUCAAGUCCAAGUUAACAAUACUUUUUGUAAUAGACUAAACUGAAAAUUUUUAGCAGGUUUCCACCCAUCUUCAAAGGCCUUUUACCAUAGCUAUUCAUAGGCGGACAUAGUUGGUGUGUCAUUUUGCUCACUUUAACUGCGUGCCAUUUCACUCGCUGUCGUACUUUUUCGCUAACUUAAGGUACGCAUUGUUCUCGUUGACAGGCACCUUUAUUUUUGUCGUGCUCUUUCUACAAAGGAAAAACCUUUGAUAAGUUGUGCCAUCGGACACCCCGCUCUGAAGCCGCCGUGUCUUUUCACUCAUUGCCUAUUGUUUAGGGAGCCAUUUUACCAUGCCCGUGGGUUCACCUGAAUCCAUCGCCCAGAAUUCAGCGACAUAUCCGGCAUUUUCAUUGAGACGCUGGCGCUAAAUUUAAAAGCUAAUUAGAAAAUGAUUGUCAAACAAUAAAGGAAAAGGGCUGAAAAUGUCGAGGAAGGCUUACGCUCUCUUCGUUUACGGAUAAACUACUUUUCAAAUGCUACUUUUACCAUAUGGCUUUUAAAGAAGAAAGUUCAAUUGAACAGUGUAUCAUUCUCACUUUGUUCUUCUUGCGCUUUCAGAAGAGGUCGCAAAUUUGCCUUGAAAAUUGACUAUGUUAGCAUCCUGCUUGUAUGAGAAAAGUCGAUCUCAAUAGAAAAGCACUUUCAGGCGUAAUUUAUCUUCACUAACGAUUGCUAGAUUUCUCUUUUACCAUAUGGUUAUUUUUAUCUGACAUUCUAGAAAGCGUGUUAGAAAUUUUCAGGGGAUUCCAAACUUUGGAAGUAGUAAUAAAAAAAGAAUCAAACAAACAAACAAAUAAAAAAAAACCCUUUGAUUUAGGUGGCGAUGAGUGGAUGGAGCUUGCUGAAGGACUGGGACUGACUCCAGAAGAAAUUCGUUUUCUUGACAAGCGUACUCUGAACCCAAUGGAAGCAGCUUUAUCUUUUAUUGCCAAACAGCGAUUCUUAAGCGUGGGUGAGCUGUACGAAUUGUUGAAUGAACGUGACUUCCCUUUGUUGGCUGAUCUUUUGUAA